GUGAAACUCCAGGGAAAAACACCUGGGCAUUUUCCCUGCAUGUUGGAGAUGUAAAGCAGUAAUGACACAGAUCACUGCAGAGGCACAAACAGCCUUACUUUAAAUAGGUACUCUUGCACAAGACAUUUCCAGGGGUGAAUCUUUCCCCCCUGCAGCUUGAAUUUAACUUUGAUGGUACAUUAAACAAUUUCAUCACUUCAAAUGCCUGUAGCAUACUGAACAAACACAAAAUCCCCAGGGUUAGUUUCUGAUCUUGCACAAGAGAGAGUGAGAAACCCACGUUAUAAUAGGGGACCCCAGUAUCCAGAAAAUAUACAGCAGCGGAGUCCACUUCUCAAACUACUCUAAAUAGCUUGUCCUGCUAUUUACAUUUAAUUUAAAUGCUCUUUACCUUCAAUACUGGCACAAUAUUGGCACUGUAGUAUACAAGCAAGUGCAGCUAGACAGAAUUAUAAACAUGAGGGUUUAUUAUCUGGGAAUUUAGGGAUGCAGGACGACAUCUAGGCUCAGACCUCACUGCAUCCAGAGCCUUCCUCUUCGGUGGGAGUGGUGUGGAAGCAUCACAUUCUUUUGCAGCAAAGGAGGCACUCAAGAGGGAGGGGAGCAAAAUGACCGAGGUGGUGCCCUGCAGGAUAUAAAUACAGGCAAAUCUCCCCCACAGUCUUCUGAGUGCUUGAGAGGUGGAACUGAGACUCGAGGCAGACUUUUGCGGGGUUUGUUUGGCAUUGAAGUUGAUUUUGAGCAAUUGCUAAUUGAGUUGAUUUGUAAUUAUUUAUAAGAAUGUUUUCUUUGCAUGGAAAAAAGUAUGUAGACUACUUCUGAAUAGGAAUAGCUAGCAAAAGUAAGACACGCUUAAAAAAUUGUUUGAUGUAGAGAUUAAAGUUUGUUUUCCAGAAGUCUUUCCUUUUGGUAACACCCUUUGAUUUGUAAAGCCUCCAGUGGUUGAUGUCAUAUGUUCAUUCCCUCAGGCAGGAGGAGAACCAAGCUAAAGAGACAGCGAGUUCACCGCUGAGGAACAACCCAGAGCAAUGUCCCUGGCUGGGGUAAGCUGCCUGGUGACCGGAGCAGGAGGAUUUCUUGGCCAGAGGAUCGUGCGCUUGCUGCUGGAAGAAGAGGAGGCGCUGGCUGAGAUCCGGCUGCUGGACAAAGCCUUCAGUGAUGAGGCGCUCAGAAGAUUUGAAAACUUCAAGGGUAAGACAGAGGUGAAAAUCCUGGAAGGGGACAUCCGAGAUGUGACAUUCCUGCACCAUGCCUGCCAGGGGGUCUCCCUCGUCAUCCACACGGCUUCCCUCAUUGACACCCUGGGCCUCAUCGAGAAGAAGCUGCUCUGGGAAGUCAAUGUAACAGGUACUCAGUUGCUGCUGGAGGCAUGUGUCCGCUGUAACGUCCAGCACUUCAUAUACACCAGUACCAUAGAGGUGACGGGCCCAAACUGCAAGGGUGACCCCAUUUUCAAUGGUGACGAAGAUACAGCUUAUGAGAGCACGUCCAAAUUUCCUUAUGCCCAAAGCAAGAGGCAGGCAGAGGAUUCUGUGCUGAAAGCAGAUGGCCAGGUGCUGAAGGAUGGUGGCACGCUGAUGACCUGUGCCCUGAGAUCCAUGUACAUUUUUGGGGAAGGCUGCCCGUUUCUCCAAGGCCAUCUGGAUAAGUGCCUGUUGAACAAGAACGUCUACCUGCGCUUCUCCAGGAAGGAGGCUCUGGUGAACCCUGUGUACGUGGGGAACAUCGCCUGGGCACACGUGCAGGCAGCCAAAGCCCUCCGAGCCCCCCAGAAAGCCAAGCACGUCAGGGGCAAGUUCUAUUACAUCUCAGAUGACACUCCACACAUGAGCUACGCUGAUCUGAAUUACGAGCUCACCAAGGACCUGGGGUUUGGAAUUGAGCCCCAGCUCCCCAUGCCGUUGACAGUGCUCUAUUACUUCUCACUGCUGCUGGAGAUUGUGAGCUUCUUGCUGAGGCCCUUGGUCAGGUACGUCCCCUCCACCAACCGGCACCUGGUCACGCUGCUGAACACCCCCUUCACCUUCUCUUAUAGAAAAGCACAGCAGGAUUUUGGCUACGUGCCCCGCUACUCAUGGGAAGAGGCCAAGCAGGGCACUGGUGAGUGGAUUGCCUCCGUGAUCCCCCAGAGAAGGCUGUACUUGCAAAGCAGCACUGCCUAAGCCUGAAGAGGAGCUGAAACCCAGCUAAGAAAGUAGGGCCUUGAGCCAGAGGAGAGCUGGGUGAGCAGCAGCAGCAGCAAACAACAAAGCAUUUAAAUGAAUUCUUUGUGUAAGAGUCCACUGAAACUCCUCACCCCCAACCUCAGAAUAAACAAAAGUGAAAUGUU